AACCUGCAGUCAGGCUGCCGAAUCCUUUUCACCUAUAGCUCGGUCUGAAUACAGUUUUCACUACUCAUGUAAAGAAGACAUCCUAUCUAACAGAGGAGCAAAUAAAGACUUGCUGUGUACUCUCUUCGAGGGGGAAGAGGGCAACAAGUGUCUCCUUCGUCUGGGCUCAUCUACACUCUUGGGAGACACAUGAAACAUGGCAGAAGUCCAGAAAAAAACCUCGACAAUGUCUCUAAAAAUCUCCUCAUGUUCCCGGGAGACAUCGUCCUCAUCUUCAUCAUCUUCCUCCUCUGUCAUGCUUCAGCAGAGACACUCCAGUUUAGUACAACCUCUCUGUAUCAGCCCUCAGAUGGUUCAGAGUUCAAGCCACUGUUUAGGAAAUCCUGCUGGGGUGGCUCCAACAUUUGUCAAGUGUCUUCAUGAUGUGAGUACAGUGAAAGGUCAGCUGGUGGUUUUGGAGUGUAGGAUCAGAGGAACGCCUCCUCUCCAGGUCUCCUGGCAUAGAGAAAACGAGCAAGUCAUCGACUCUGCAGACUUUCGUAUUCUCAGAAAGAAGGCGAGUUCAGCUUCUGUUCCUGAGGAAUUGUGCACUUUAGUCAUUACAGAGGCGUAUCCAGAAGAUUCAGGAAUAUUUCAAUGCACAGCAUCUAAUGAUUUUGGUACAGUGUCAUGCACUGCCCUGCUUGAAGUCUAUACAGAUCUAGAAGAGGUUUUGGACAAUGAAGAUGAGCCUUCAUCUUUAAGCUCAGCAGGCCUGGAGCAGGACGACUCUCCUUUACAGGACACCCUCAUCCCCCCUCCAGACUGGCCUGAAAGUCCUGAAGAUGACACCACCACUCCCUCAGCAGGGGUGCUGGAGCCUGCAGUUCAAAAAGUUACUAAGUCUCUAAUCGUCCCAGAGAGCAAACCCCGAUCUAUCAGUCAACCCGCUUCAGAAACAACAGAGGUGGACUUGAUUCCCAAACCUCCUCCGCCAAUAACAGAAAACAAGAACAGUGUUCCACGUCCAUUCCUUACUACCAGCAAGCUGAAUAAACCGGUGGAACCCAGGUGCAGUGCCAUUAAUAUGGCUGAGCUGCCGACCUUCUCACCAACCCCCAGCGCUUUUAAUUAUGAGCGCCCCCGUCAUUUUAUCAAGUCCCAGCCCAGUCUCCAAACACCCAGCAAUGACAUCAGUAAGCCAAACAAUCUCAUCUCACCAGCUUCACCUACAGCGCCAUCAGUGAACCCCACUCAACCGGCACCCACCCGCACGUCAAUGUGUUCCAGCGUGACUAUAAUUCCUAAACUACGGAGUACUCCGAACAGUGAGAAACUAUCAUCGGCAGCUUUCCUGACGUCUGUUCUGCCUUCUCUACCGAGCUCUCAGAUGAAAUGCGUUUCUGUACCUCAGUCUCCAUCUCCCAGCCAUUCCCCCAGAUCGCCCAGCCCGCCACCAAAAAUACAAGAACAUCCUUUGCCUCCGCCAAGCCAGAUGCUGAAUCAUACUUCCUCAACAACCCCAUCCCAGUUAUCUCCAGAUAUCCUGAAAACACCUGCCCCACCUUUGCAAUCCCCACCUGUGUCUCAUUUUACCUACACACCUAAUACUUUGCCAAAGCCCAUCUUAAAGAAGACUGUUUCCCGACCGGCGUCUCGGACCACAGACGAAGAGAUUCAGGGCUCAAAAGAUGCUCUUAUCCAAGACCUUGAGAAGCAGCUCAAGAACAAAGUUCCUAAACACAGAAACAGUCAGCAGAAGAUGUCUUAUGAAGAGCGAAUGGCUAGAAGGUUGCUGGGUCCAGAUAAUGCUUCCUCAGUAUUUGAUUUGGAAAAUUCUUUAGGUUCACCUGAACAGCCGGGCUCUCCAGAAGGUCAUCAUCCUGGAGGAAUAUGGUCAAGAAAGCAUAACAUUGGAGGAGACGGUACAGAGAUCUCCACCAUCCAGGAGAAGUGUUUUGCCCCUCGGUUUAUCCAAGUGCCUGCAGAUCUUACAGUGGAAGAGGGCAGAUUCUGUAGGAUGGAUUUUAAGGUUGUAGGUUUGCCAACUCCAGAUAUUUCAUGGUAUUUGGAUGGGAAACCCAUCCGUCCGGAUGAUUAUCAUAAGAUGCUGGUAUGUGAGAAGGGUGUCCACUCAUUCAUCAUUGAGAUAGUGACUGUACACCAUGCGGGUGUCUAUGAAUGUGUGGCAAAGAAUCGUGCUGGAGAAAGCCACUUUAACCUGCGUCUGGAUGUGAUAGCUCAGGAACAGCUGUGUCCUCCUACAUUUGUAGUGAAGAUGAAGAACUCCCGGGCUCUGGAGGGAGACGCGGUGAGAUUGGAGUGUAAGGUGGCUGCAUCUCCAACACCUCAGCUCUACUGGAAGAAAGACAAAGAUAUGUUGCGUAUUGACCCCAUGAGAAUGAGUCUUUCUCAGGACAGUUCAGGAAAGCAGUGUCUGCUCAUUGAUCCUGUGGUGAAAUCUGAUGCAGGCUGGUACACUGUAUCUGCCAUUAAUGAAGCUGGCAUGUCCACCUGUAAUGCCAGACUAGAUGUGGGCUCUCGCCUGAAUAAAACUCUCCCAGCAUCCAAGCCGGUGAAAAUGCUUCCCAUGAUCAGUCAGUUUUCCUCUCUGAGCACCGAGCCUCUUCCACGGCACACAGCUCCUCUGUACGAGAGUGAAGAACUAUAGACGCACCACACAGAUACUCUUCUUCAGAGUCAUAGAGUUUAUUAGUCGGAGACAUUUCAAUUAUUGUAGUAGCCCCAACAUUUUAUAUAUUCAUCAAAUGCACUUUAGCUGGUGCGUGAUGUUUUAGCCUCACACGGGCAUAUGUGUUUGUUUUCAUGGUUAGAAGGAUUAACACUGUAAGCUGGAAGAAAAACAUAAUGCUUCCAAUAUAAAGUGAGAUGUAUCUUAUGUUUGUGGCAUGUUCAAUUUUACAUACAUAAGAAUGAAAUAAUGCUUUGAUUGCUUCGUAUGACCGUAAUGUGUGUUGAUGGUGCAUUAAUGAUGCAUAACUGCCAUCGUGGAAGCUGUAUGUAUUGUGUGCUACCUUAUUUAAUUAUACACUAGUAAAGUAAAUUAUUAUUACAAUGUUAUAAUAAUAUGUCAUGUCAAACCGUAUUUGUUGUAAUUAUCCCUGGAGUUGCCAUCAGCGCAAAGGGUUUAAAAAUAUACCUUAACUACAGUUCAGAAAGUAAAAAACCCUGUGUAUUAUAUAGUAUAUAUAUGUAUGACAUGAAUGUUUGAGUAAACUUUUUUGUGAC